GAGAGUGUGUGUGUGUGAGAGAGACUGUGUGUGUGUGUGUGUGUGUGUGUUGAACUAGAGAACUGGUAGGGGCAGUUGGGAGGGUGCUGGACUGCAGAGAGCCCAUUAGUGCUGCUCCAGUGGAUGUGCACAUCUGUGUUUACACUGACAGUUAAUGGAUAUCGGAUGGGGAAAGGUUUUUUUCAGCUAUGUGUUACUGCAGCCUAUGACUAUGUGGUAGGAGCAUUUUAAUAUCUUUGGUGUUUUGAAAUACUUUUAUGAGUUACUCUGACAACUUGUCAAGGAUGAGAGAAACAAAUAAAAGACAAAUCUCAAAAAUAGUUUGCUAUUAGGAUUUUAUUUGUUGAGAUGUUGAAGAUGUCUUUUCAACAGUGAUAAAUGUUUUGGUUCUUUGUAAAUUUACAAGGCACUUCCAAAAUGUCAUUUGUCCCUCAUUCUUCUAUUCUUGAUGUCCUUCUAUGAUCCUGUACAGGAUGAAAACAAUCUGCGUUCUGAAGUAACAUGCUGAGGUCAAAUGCCAGGAUUUGAGUCGGGUUCAUGGGGCUCCAUUUCCUGUGACCUCUCUAUUCCACCAGGCUGCGAAAGAAUGACUCUUGCAUUCAUGCACUCAUUCUGUGUUUCUGUAAACCUGAAUGGUAAAAUGAUGGAGGGCGUGAAUCAGUUCUAUUAGCAGUGACUCUGACAAUGGUCCUUCCCCUCUUCUGUCUUCCCCUUCUCUGUCUUGCAGCAAGUGGGAGGACAAAGCAGGUUUCAUGGGAGCAGUGCCCAAGACCCACAGUCACCUAGUGCCAAGGCAACAACCCUACUGAUAUCUGGAUGUAUUUUCCUGUGCUCUUUGACACAGGUGUGGAGAUUGUAAUUUGCUGUGCAUGAUUGUUUGCGCUUUCCUUGAUUAUGUAAACCAGUGGCUUUUGCCAAGAACUCUUCGUGCCCUGAAGCUCUGAGCUGGUUCCCUCCUAUUGGUGGACCUUAUUUCAUUUUAUUGGGAGGCAUAAUUUUCAGGUUACAGAGCAGUGAUAACUACCUGCCAGUGUCUCUUAGGAGUGAGGUACCUGUAGUUGAGGGACCCCAACCUGUGGCAAUGACAGCGGACGAGCUGGUUUUCUUUGUGAACGGCAGAAAGGUAAGUAGGAGCUGACCUCUGGUUUGUUGUCCCUGCUCCCUGGGAGGGGACAUCUGUCCUCUGGAAGAGCCAUAUCUUGUUCUCUGUCUUUCCUGUUCCCUCUUAAUUGUUAUCCUGUCUUUCUCUCUCUCCCUUUAAAGGUGUUGCUGCAUUUUGGUAACGCUGGGGAAGAAGACCUUCUCAGGGCUAGAGCACAGACAAGAUACUCAGAAGGCAAAGGAAUGAGGGAGAGAGAGGCAAGCAGAGAGGCGUCUGUGAACUAGCUGCCAACUCUCUGCAGUAGUGGAGAUUGGCACAGAAUGAGAAAGGGGAGUUGAGUUCUAGGUGGUGGAGAAAAAUGCAGAUCCAGAGACAACCCUUUUGGCCUACCUGAGAAGAAAGUUGGGGCUGAGUGGAACCAAGCUCGGCUGUGGAGAGGGAGGCUGUGGGGCUUGCACAGUGAUGCUCUCCAAGUAUGAUCGUCUGCAGAACAAGAUCGUCCACUUUUCUGCCAAUGCCUGCCUGGCUCCCAUCUGCUCCUUGCACCAUGUUGCAGUGACAACUGUGGAAGGAAUAGGAAGCACCAAGACGAGGCUGCAUCCUGUGCAGGAGAGAAUUGCCAAAAGCCACGGCUCCCAGUGCGGGUUCUGCACCCCCGGCAUCGUCAUGAGUAUGUACACACUGCUCCGGAAUCAGCCUGAGCCCAGCAUUGAGGAGAUUGAGAAUGCCUUCCAAGGAAAUCUGUGCCGCUGCACAGGCUACAGACCCAUCCUCCAGGGCUUCCGGACCUUCGCCAGGGGUGGUGGAUGCUGUGAAGGAGAUGGGAACAAUCCAAACUGCUGCAUAAGCCAGAAGAAAGACCACUUGGUCAGUCUCUCACCAUCUUUAUUCAAGCCAGAGGAGUUCACGCCCCUGGAUCCCACCCAGGAGCCCAUUUUUCCCCCAGAGUUGCUGAGGUUGAAAGACACUCCUCAGAAGCAGCUGCGAUUUGAAGGGGAGCGUGUGACGUGGAUACAGGCCUCAACCCUCAAGGAGCUGCUGGACCUCAAGGCUCAGUACCCCGAUGCCAAGCUGGUGGUGGGGAACACGGAGAUUGGCAUUGAGAUGAAGUUCAAGAAUAUGCUGUUUCCUAUGAUCGUCUGCCCAGCCUGGAUCCCUGAGCUGAAUUCAAUAGAACAUGGACCCGAGGGUAUCUCCUUCGGAGCUGCUUGCCCCCUAAGCAUCGUGGAAAAGACCCUGGUUGAUGCUGUUGCUAAGCUUCCUGCCCAAAAGACAGAGGUGUUCAGAGGGGUCCUGGAGCAGCUGCGCUGGUUUGCUGGGAAGCAGGUCAAGUCUGUGGCGUCCAUUGGAGGGAACAUCAUCACUGCCAGCCCCAUCUCCGACCUCAACCCUGUGUUCAUGGCCAGUGGGGCCAAGCUGACACUUGUGUCCAGAGGCACCAGGAGAACUGUUCCAAUGGACCACACAUUCUUCCCUGGCUACAGAAAGACGCUGCUGAGCCCGGAGGAGAUACUGCUCUCCAUAGAGAUCCCCUACAGCAGGGAGGGGGAGUAUUUCUCAGCAUUCAAGCAGGCCUCCCGGAGAGAAGACGACAUUGCCAAGGUAACCAGUGGCAUGAGAGUUUUAUUCAAGCCAGGAACCACAGAGGUAGAGGAGCUGGCCCUUUGCUAUGGCGGAAUGGCCAACAGAACCAUCUCGGCCCUCAAGACCACUCAGAGGCAGCUUUCCAAGCUCUGGAAGGAGGAGCUGCUGCAGGACGUGUGUGCAGCCCUGGCGGAGGAGCUGCAUCUGCCUCCCGACGCCCCUGGUGGCAUGGUGGACUUCCGGCGCACCCUUACCCUCAGCUUCUUCUUCAAGUUCUACCUGACAGUCCUUCGGAAGCUGGGCCAAGAGAACCCGGAAGACAAGUGUGGUAAACUGGACCCCACUUUCGCCAGUGCAACUUUACUCUUUCAGAAAGACCCCCCAGCGAAUGUCCAUCUCUUCCAAGAGGUGCCUAAGGGCCAGUCUGAGGAGGACAUGGUAGGCCGGCCCCUGCCCCACCUGGCAGCGAACAUGCAGGCCUCUGGUGAAGCCGUGUACUGUGACGACAUCCCUCGCUAUGAGAAUGAGCUGUCUCUCCGGCUGGUCACCAGCACCCGGGCCCACGCCAAGAUCAAGUCCAUAGAUAUAUCAGAAGCCAAGAAGGUGCCAGGGUUUGUUUGUUUCAUUUCUGCUGAUGAUAUUCCUGGGAGUAACAUAACUGGAAUUUGUAAUGAUGAGACAGUCUUUGCAAAGGAUAAGGUUACUUGUGUUGGGCAUAUCAUUGGUGCUGUGGUUGCUGACACCCCAGAACACACACAGAGAGCUGCCCAAGGGGUGAAAAUCACCUAUGAAGAACUACCAGCCAUCAUCACAAUUGAGGAUGCUAUAAAUAACAACUCCUUUUAUGGACCUGAGCUGAAGAUCGAGAAAGGGGACCUCAAGAAGGGGUUUUCCGAAGCAGAUAAUGUUGUGUCAGGGGAGUUAUACAUCGGUGGCCAAGAGCACUUCUACCUGGAGACUCACUGCACCAUUGCUGUUCCAAAAGGCGAGGAAGGAGAGAUGGAGCUCUUUGUGUCUACACAGAACACCAUGAAGACACAGAGCUUUGUUGCAAAAAUGUUGGGAGUUCCAGCAAACCGGAUUGUGGUUCGAGUGAAGAGAAUGGGAGGAGGCUUUGGAGGGAAGGAGACCCGGAGCACUCUGGUGUCCACGGCGGUGGCCCUGGCCGCAUAUAAGACUGGCCGCCCUGUGCGCUGCAUGCUGGACCGUGAUGAGGACAUGCUGAUAACUGGUGGCAGACAUCCCUUCCUGGCCAGAUACAAGGUUGGCUUCAUGAAGACUGGGAAGGUUGUGGCUCUGGAGGUGGAUCACUUCAGCAACGUGGGGAACACCCAGGAUCUCUCUCAGAGUAUUAUGGAACGAGCUCUAUUCCACAUGGACAACUGCUAUAAAAUUCCCAACAUCCGGGGCACUGGGCGGCUGUGCAAAACCAACCUUCCCUCCAACACGGCCUUCCGGGGCUUUGGGGGUCCCCAGGGGAUGCUCAUUGCCGAGUAUUGGAUGAGUGAAGUUGCAGUGACCUGUGGGAUGCCUGCAGAGGAGGUGCGGAGGAAAAACCUGUACAGAGAAGGGGACCUGACACACUUCAACCAGAAGCUUGAGGGUUUCACCUUGCCCAGGUGCUGGGAAGAAUGCCUAGCAAGCUCUCAGUAUCAUGCUCGGAAGAGUGAGGUUGACAAGUUCAACAAGGAGAAUUGUUGGAAAAAGAGAGGAUUGUGCAUAAUUCCCACCAAGUUUGGAAUAAGCUUCACAAUUCCUUUUCUGAAUCAGGCAGGAGCCCUGCUUCAUGUGUACACAGAUGGCUCUGUGCUGCUGACCCAUGGAGGGACCGAGAUGGGCCAAGGCCUUCAUACCAAAAUGGUCCAGGUGGCCAGCAGAGCUCUGAAAAUCCCCACCUCUAAGAUUUAUAUCAGUGAGACAAGCACUAACACUGUGCCCAACACUUCUCCCACGGCUGCCUCUGCCAGCGCUGACCUCAAUGGACAAGCCGUCUACGCGGCUUGUCAGACCAUCUUGAAAAGGCUGGAACCCUACAAGAAGAAGAAUCCCAGUGGCUCCUGGGAAGACUGGGUCACAGCUGCCUACAUGGACACAGUGAGCUUGUCUGCCACUGGGUUUUAUAGAACACCCAAUCUGGGCUACAGCUUUGAGACUAACUCGGGGAAUCCUUUCCACUACUUCACCUAUGGGGUGGCUUGCUCUGAAGUAGAAAUUGACUGCUUAACAGGAGAUCAUAAGAACCUCCGCACAGAUAUUGUCAUGGAUGUUGGCUCCAGUCUAAACCCUGCCAUUGAUAUUGGACAGGUGGAAGGGGCAUUUGUCCAGGGCCUAGGCCUUUUCACCCUAGAGGAGCUACACUACUCCCCCGAGGGGAGCCUGCACACCCGCGGCCCUAGCACCUACAAGAUCCCAGCAUUUGGCAGCAUCCCCAUUGAGUUCAGGGUGUCCCUGCUCCGCGACUGCCCCAACAAGAAGGCCAUCUAUGCAUCGAAGGCUGUUGGAGAGCCACCCCUCUUCUUGGCUGCUUCUAUCUUCUUUGCCAUCAAAGAUGCAAUCCGUGCAGCUCGAGCUCAGCACACAGGUAAUAAUGUGAAGGAACUCUUCCGGCUAGACAGCCCUGCCACUCCGGAGAAGAUCCGCAAUGCCUGCAUGGACAGAUUCACUACCCUGUGUGUCACUGGUGUACCAGAAAACUGCAAACCCUGGUCUGUGAGGGUCUGAAGAGAGAGUCCUCAGCAGAGUCUUCUUGUGCUGCAUUUGGGCUUCCAUGGAGCAGGAGGAACAUACCACAGAACAUGGAUCUAUUAAAGUCACAGAAUGACAGUGACUAAUUCUGUGACUUUUUCAUCCUAAUUCGUCAGGAUGGCAUUUGGAAGAUAAGUGAAUGCAUUGGGAGAUUUUGAUUAAAAUGUAAUUUAUAAACAGAAUGAUAAGCAAAUUCAAAACUGUUAGGCCUAAAUGGUGAAUAUGCAAUUAGGGUCAUUUUCUGUCUGUUCUAAUCAUGUAUUUGGAAUAGGGUCAGGAAGGGUUUGUGCUAUUCCCCACUUACUGGACAGCCUGUAUAACCUCAAGUUCUGAUGGUGUCUGUCCUUCAAAAGGGACUCCCACAAACCUCUAGAAGCUUAAACCAAAGUUACUUUAAAUUGUGUGCCUUCCUCUGAAAGGCUUGCCUUCAAACCAAUGAACAGCAAAGCAUAACCUUGAAUCUAUACUCAAAUUUUGCAGUGAGGUAGCGGGGUAAGAUUAAAUCCUCUAACAAUCUUUGAAUCAUUGGAAAGAAUAAAGAAUGAAACAAAUUCAA